CUCCGACCAGGUCAAACGCGCAGCACGCCAAUCAAAAUGAUUCUGCCAAUUGUAGUAAUAAUAGCUAUUAUUUUAUUAUACUACUACAGUACAAGAAACUUCAAGUACUGGCAAAAACGUGGUGUGAAACAUGACAAACCCAUACCGUUCUUCGGAAAUAACAUCGAGGUGUAUGUACUGCGAAAGUGUAUGUCGGAUGCCGCUGUGGAAGCUUAUUGCAAGUACCCAGGUGAAAAAAUUGUUGGAUACUAUCGGGCCAAUACUCCUGAACUAGUGAUUAGGGAUCCAGAUAUCAUGAAGCGUAUUCUAGUUACGGACUUCGAAUACUUUUACGCACGAGGGAUUAAUCAUAAGGAAGUUGUGGAGCCGUUGAUGAGGAAUUUGUUCUUUGCGGAUGGAGAUUUGUGGCGGUUAUUGCGCCAGCGCAUGACACCAGCUUUUACUAGUGGGAAACUGAAAGCGAUGUUCCCACUGAUCAUAGACUGCGCUGAGAGACUUCAGAAACGCGCUCUCGUCGUGUCAGCUGCGGGGAAGAAAUUGGAUGCUCGCGAUCUGAUGGCGAGGUACACUACAGACUUCAUCGGCGCUUGCGGCUUUGGUGUUGACGCUAAUUCACUCGGGGAUGAAGAGUCUGCCUUCAGAAAACUUGGUGCACAGAUAUUUCAGCCCACUGUUAAAGACAUGUUAGUGGCUACGUUAAAAGAAGUAUUCCCGGACGCAUGUAAAAAUUUGAAAUAUUUAGCUCGGUUUGAAGAUGAUUUGAAGAAGUUCGUGUCAGAUGUUCUCCGUUUAAGAAAUUACAAACCGUCAGGAAGAAAUGACUUUAUUGAUUUAAUGUUGGAGUGCAAACAAAGAGGGAUCAUUGUUGGUGAAUCUAUUGAACGUCGAGCUAAAGACGGCACCCCAGAAACAGCAUCUAUUGAGCUAGAUGAUACGCUGAUCGCGGCACAAGUAUUUAUUUUCUUCGCAGCCGGCUUCGAGACUUCUUCGUCUGUUACCAGCUACACAUUACACGAAUUGGCAUUUAAUCCAGAAAUACAAGAGAAAGUACAAAAAGAAAUCGAUACAGUCCUAGCCAAGUAUGAUAACAAGUUGACGUACGACGCUAUCAAAGAGAUGACUUACUUGGGUUGGACUAUGAAGGAAGCAAUGCGAAUGCUGCCAUCUGUUGGAUUUUUGGUUAGACAAAGUGCGAAGCCGUAUACAUUUCCUGAGUUAGAUAUAUCAAUUGAUGCUAAUGUGGGAAUAAUAAUUCCACUACAAGCGAUGCAUAAUGAUCCAGAAUACUUCGAAAAUCCUAAAGAAUUUCGUCCGGAGCGGUUCGAUCCUGAGAAUUUAACAAGAAAGCAGCGGGAUGUAUUCCUGCCUUUUGGAGCUGGGCCUCGCGCGUGUAUUGGAGAGAGAUUAGGCCUGAUGCAGUCAUUGACAGGACUGGCGGCUGUGUUGUCCAAGUUCUCAGUAUCACCGGCGCCCGAUACUAUAAGAUGGCCUAAAAUAGACCCAAAAUCGGAUGUUGUCCAGAUAAUCCAGGGUGGGCUGCCGUUGAUGUUUAACGAGAGAAAAAUAACGAGUUAAUCAAUAUGUG